UUCGGAUUGGUUCUUCCGUCACAAUGAUCUUAGCCAAUAAGAGAGUUGACGUGUUGGUUAUAUAAGAGAGUGCUAGAGGAACAACGCUGUUAUUUUGGUGUUGUUCUUAGAACGUAUCUGAACUACAAGAUGAGUGGAAGAGGCAAAACCGGCGGUAAAACUAGGGCAAAGGCCAAGACUCGUUCAUCCAGGGCCGGACUGCAAUUCCCCGUGGGUCGUGUGCACAGGCUUCUGCGUAAGGGUAACUACGCCGAGCGCGUCGGUGCCGGCGCUCCGGUUUACUUGGCCGCUGUGCUCGAGUAUCUGACUGCUGAGAUCCUCGAGUUGGCUGGCAACGCCGCCCGUGACAACAAGAAGACCCGUAUCAUUCCCCGCCACCUGCAGCUCGCUGUGCGUAACGACGAGGAGUUGAACAAACUGCUCGGAGGAGUGACCAUCGCUCAGGGAGGUGUACUGCCCAACAUCCAGGCCGUGCUGCUGCCCAAGAAGACCGAGAAGGCCGUCAAGACCAAGUAAACUCGCUCACUGCUGCGUUUUUCACCACCCAAAAAGGCUCUUUUAAGAGCCACC